AUGGAAGGUAAUAGACCAUUGCAUAGCGGUUGCAUAGCGGAAAGCAUCGCAGAGAAGAAGAAAUUAAGAAGCCUCAAGAAUCAUAAAGAUGGCGGAGGCAAAGAAAAAGCCAAUCUACUCUCGUCUUACAUCAACGACGAUGACGAUGAAGAGCAGCAAGACAGCCAUCGACAAGGAUCAACCGAGUUCGACAAGUUCCUCCGUGACACAGCCAUAAACUUCAUUUUUGCCGGGAGGGACACAACUGGUGCAGCGCUCAUAUGGUUCUUCUGGCUGAUCUGCAACAAUCCCGUGGUGGAGUCCAAUAUCCUCGAGGAAUUGAGGUCGACGCCCCUGGGAAAACAGAGAUCGAGCUCCAAUGAUCUGACCAUAUUCGAUCCAGAAGAGCUGAGCAAAUUGGUCUAUCUGCAUGCAGCCCUCUGCGAGUCGCUCAGGCUGUUCCCUCCCCUUCCCUUCCAUCACCAGGCAGCUCUGCGACAUGAAGUCCUCCCGAGUGGACACAGAGUUGAAGCAGGCACAAAGAUCUUGUCCUCCCUGUACUCCAGAGGGAGGAUGGAAAGGAUUUGGGGCAUGGACUGCUUGGAGUUCCGGCCCGAGAGAUGGAUUUCGGAAGAGGGGCGGGUGCGGCACGAGCCAUCUUGCAAGUUCAUGUCGUUCGGUUCUGGCCGCAGGACCUGCCUGGGAAAGGAAGUGGCCUUCACUCAGAUGAAGGCAGUGGUGGCUGCCAUGGUCUACAACUUCCAAGUUCAAGUGCUUCAAGGUCAUGUGGUCGAGCCAAAGCUUUCCGUCAUCCUUCACAUGAAGAAUGAAUGGCCUGAGGGUUAA